GAUGGGAACUUCGGUUCAGGUGACGCCGCUGUGCGGAGUCUACAAUGAGAAUCCACUCUCCUAUCUCGUCUCCAUUGACGGCUUCAACUUCCUCAUCGACUGUGGCUGGAACGACCACUUCGACCCCUCCCUCCUUCAACCUCUCUCCAGAGUCGCCUCCACCGUCGACGCCGUCCUGCUCUCACAUCCCGACACUCUCCACCUCGGCGCGCUUCCCUACGCCGCCAAGCACCUCGGCCUCGCCGCGCCGGUCUUCUCCACCGAGCCGGUUUACCGCCUCGGCCUUCUCACCAUGUACGAUCAGUACCUCUCUCGCAAGCAAGUUUCCGAGUUCGAUUUGUUUACUCUGGAUGAUAUUGAUUCUGCUUUCCAAAAUGUCACCAGGCUGACCAAUGCUCAGCAUCAUCAUCUCACCGGUAAAGGAGAGGGAAUUGUUAUCUCGCCGCAUGUGGCUGGGCAUUUGUUGGGAGGUACUGUGUGGAAGAUAACUAAGGAUGGGGAGGAUGUCAUAUAUGCUGUCGAUUUCAAUCAUCGGAAAGAGAAGCAUUUGAACGGAAUCAAUCAGUCAUCAUUUGUGCGGCCUGCUGUUCUGAUAACAGAUGCCUAUAAUGCUUUGAACAAUCAGCCUUAUAGACGCCAGAAGGACAGAGAAUUUACAGAGACUAUAAAGAAGACUCUAAGAUCUCAAGGAAAUGUGCUACUGCCUGUUGAUACUGCUGGGCGAGUUUUAGAACUUCUUCAAAUAUUGGAAUCUUGUUGGAAUGAGGAAAGUUUGCCUUUUCCCAUCUACUUCCUAACGUACGUUGCUUCUAGCACAAUUGAUUAUGUCAAAAGUUUCCUCGAGUGGAUGAGUGAUGCAAUGGCCAAGUCCUUUGAGACAACUAGAGACAAUGCUUUUAUUUUGAAGCGUGUGAAGCUUCUUGUUAACAAAAGUGAACUUGACAAUGCCCCAGAAGGCCCAAAGGUUGUUUUAGCAUCCAUGGCUAGUCUGGAAGCGGGUUUUUCUCACGAUAUAUUUGUCGAGUGGGCAACUGAUUCCAAAAAUCUUAUACUUUUUGCAGAACGAGCUCAGUUCGGCACAUUAGCUCGUAUGCUUCAGGCAGACCCACCUCCAAAAGCUGUUAAGGUCACCAUGUCCAAGAGGAUCCCUUUGGUUGGAGAGGAGCUGAUUGCUUAUGAAGAAGAGCAAAACCGAAUUAAAAAGGAGGAAGCUCUAAAGGCUAGUCUGAUUAAAGAGGAGGAGUUAAAAGCUUCUCAUGGGCCUGAUGUCAGCAUGAGUGAUCCAAUGGUUAUUGAUACAAACAAUGCGAAGUCUUUGCCAGACGUGGGUCCACGUGGUGGAGGAUGCAGAGACAUCUUAAUCGUCGGAUUUACUCCUCCUUCUACCAGUGUUGCUCCUAUGUUUCCCUUCUACGAAAAUAAUUCCGAGUGGGAUGACUUUGGGGAAGUCAUAAAUCCAGACGAUUAUGUUAUCAAGGAUGAAGACAUGAACCAAGGAGCAAUGCUUGUGGGAGGUGAUAUGGAUGGAAAAUUUGAUGAAGCCUCUGCUAGCUUAAUUCUUGACUCAAGGCCUUCGAAAGUUGUGUCGAGUGAAUUGACUGUGCCUGUGAAGUGCUUACUGAUAUAUAUGGACUUUGAGGGCCGUUCUGAUGCGAGAUCUGUUAAAUCGAUUCUUUCCCAUAUGGCUCCUCUAAAGCUUGUAUUGGUUCAUGGAACAGCUGAGGCCACUGAACAUUUGAAGCAACACUGCUUGAAACACGUAUGCCCUCAUGUCUAUGCUCCUCAACUUGAAGAAACAAUUGAUGUCACAUCCGAUUUAUGUGCUUAUAAGGUUCAACUGUCCGAGAGGCUCAUGAGUAACAUUAUCUUUAAGAAGCUUGGAGAGAAUGAAAUAGCUUGGUUCGAUUCUGAUGUAGGGAAGACAGAAGAUGAAAUGCUGUCUUUAAUACCCUGCUCAACUCCAGCUCCACCACAUAAACCAAUCCUAGUUGGUGACCUGAAAUUGGCCGAUUUCAAGCAAUUUCUUGCUGAUAAAGGGGUCCAGGUUGAAAUCGCUGGUGGGGCUUUGCGAUGUGGUGAACAUGUCACAAUUCGCAAGAUUGGGGAUGCAAGCCAUAAGGGUGGUGGUGCUGGUUCGCAGCAAAUUUUGAUCGACGGUCCAGCAUGUGAGGACUUUUACAUGAUAAGGGACUAUCUGUACUCGCACUUUUAUUUACUUUAGAGUUUAGGAAAGACCCAUUUAUUUACAACGUGAGAACUUUCCGGAUACGACCAACAUUCCCAAAAAAAAAAAAUCCAUAGUCAACAUCACUAUAUCACUUCCAUAAUUGAGCAACUCUAUUUGAUUAUUUGCCUCCUUUCAUCGAAGUGUAGCUGUCAUCUACUGCUGUUGCUACAGAUGUAUUAUUCAAAUCUUAACAUUUUUAUUAUUAGACUUGAAAUCAAGCCAAAUAUCAAUAGACUGCGGACACAUUUUUAUCCUUGCUUUAAA